AUGAAAAACAGAAACAACGAGAAUUCUUUAAUCGACAAAGACUACGAAAAUAAUUUAAAUGUGGAUGAUGGCGAUGAAGAGAUAGUUACACCAAUUGUUGAACAACAAGAACAAUCUACUAGUACAUGUCAUCGAGAGAGUAAUAGCAGUAAUAUCGAUUUUCUUAUUGACAAUAUAUUUAAUUACGACAAUGAUAUUGAAUCGAUAAAUGAUUUUCGAUUACGACGAGAAAUUGCUGAAAAAUCUAAUAAAAUAUCAGAUAUUAGGACGCGCAAGAAAAAUCUUUUAAAAGAUAUUGAUUGGGCUGGUAUUUCCUCUUCUAUGAUCAAUAAACCUCAAUCGAAUGCACAAUUUAUGUCCAAUGAUGAAUAUGAAGACGAUGCAGAACAACAACAAUCUGUCCACGAUAAUAAUAGUCGAUAUCGUGAGGAUAAUUUUACGCGAUCUUUUUCUCCCGACGUCUCUUUAAAUGCAAAUCAACAUCAUAAUACUGAAAAUGAUCACGAAGGAAAAAAUAAGAGUUCUUCUGUUAAUGGUGAUAUUCAGUCUACACAAAUUGACGAAACUGCAGAUUCUCUCUCGCCAAAUUGGCCAAAUUCUACAAUUGCAACACACUCAAUUACCGUCGAAUCAUUGAAAUGGCAUAAAUUUCUAUCGAGUGUAAAUGAACGAGAAGAAACCAAGGAGGAGACAAAUGCUAAUAAUAAUGAAGACCCUUCCUCAUCAACAACGACGAUGAUAGAAAAAAAUCAGAUGGAAUUAACAUAUGACUCAACAUCACCACCUAAAAGCACUUUACCGAACGAUUCAUAUAAUGAUGAUAUUGGUGGUGGUGAUAAUUCUUCAAUUGGUCAUAACAGUGAAUCAAUAAAAUCAGCAUCAAAUUUGGCAUGGAAUAAAUUUCUUAAUGAACAAGAUAAUAAUGAAACAUUUUCAAUAAAUAAUAAAGAAAACAAAAAACUUCAAAGUGAUUUUUAUGAUGACGUGUACAACGAACAACAAUAUUUGAACUCUAGUUCUAUUAAAGCAAAUUACAGUCCACAACUUAGUCCCAGAAGAAUUAUUCCUACAACAACAAGAACUAUCACCACCACUUCUAUCAGCGAUGAUGAUGAACGUGAACAUCGAGAAAUUAACAGCAAUAAUAAUAAUUAUUAUGAUGCUUAUAUUUCGGGGAUAAAAAUUGUUCAACUUUCACUUGAAUUGAGUUUUCUCAAAGAUGAUGUACGAAUGCUGAAAGAAAUUAUCAACACUACAACAACAAAUGAAGAAAAUAACGAAAUCAUUGGUUUAUCUUCAAAUCAGCAACAGCAAUGCAAACAACCGAGCAAAGAAUCCACAGAAAUUCCAACAGAACUGACAACAAACAAAACAUCUAGUACUGUUGCUGUUGUUACUAAUAAUAGUCAGACACCAACAAACAUUAAAUCAUUUAUUCAACAAUCAGCUACUACUUCAUACUCUUUAUUCAAUAUAAAAACACCCGAGAAUCAAAUUCGCCAUAAUGAUUUAUAUCCUACUACACCAACGAAACCUCACAAUACUAUGAUGUACUGCUCUAUUGAUGAUGAUAUUUUCAUGGAUGAAUUUUAA